AUGAAUCUAUCGUCGAACUUGCUUGGAACAGAACUUGCUUCAUGUGCUCAUAUGGAACAUUUUUCUUAUGCAUCCUCUUACAGUCAUCAUCUCAAAUCCCUCUUCGACCAACUAUCUAAUGUCGAGGCUCCUGUCUCUAAUGAACUUCUAAGUCUUCAAAUCAUCUCAGGCCUAACCAAUGCAUAUACUACUGUAGGCUCACAAAUUCGUCAUGGUGAUCCUCUUCCACCAUUUUACAAAGCACGCUCCAGGAUCAUCUUAGAAGAAACAGCCAGUGCAGAAAAGGCAGUCAACACCACUAACAAUGUUGCCUUCAUUGCCUCGCACAUUGAUGCAUCGGCUCCUACUUCUUCCAAUCGCGCCAUAUAG